AUGCAAGUCAACGUAAUCCAACUUGGAAAAUCAACAAAAGAUUAUGGUCUAGUCUCGGUCCCUGGCUCAGCUCCAACUGUCUCUAGUCUUAAAACUGCAUUUGAAAUGCACACUGGGAUCUCGCGCUUUCGUCAAAGCUUUAAGUUGCAGCAACAAGAUCAUUCCCUUGUGCCUCUUAUGGACGAUACGAAAGCACUCGUUCAUUAUAACGUCCAACACGGUGCAACACUUGUGUUUCGAGAUCUUGGACCACAAAUCGGCUACCGUACGGUCUUUGUGGCAGAAUAUCUAGGUCCACUUCUCUUUGUACUUGGAUAUGCAGCUCGUCCAGCUUUUAUCUAUGGAGCUGAGGCGAAAGUGCAACCAUUUUGUACGACGGCAUUGCUUGGUGUUGCUGCUUGGACGCUUCAUUUCCUUAAACGAGAGUUUGAAACCUUUUUUGUCCAUCGGUUUAGUCGUCCGACAAUGCCACUGCGUAAUUUGUUUAAAAACUGCAGUUACUACUGGAGUUUUGGAGCUGUGGUGGGCUAUCCACUCUGUCAUCCACUGUACACAGGUCCGUCGUCACAGCUACAGAUUCAGGCUGGUUUAGUGCUCAUGGGGAUCUCAGAGCUCUUAAACUUGUGUGUUCAUGUGCAAUUGCGUAAUUUACGUCCAGCUGAAGGGUCUAAGGAGCGACCAAUUCCCAAGGGUCCACUCUUUGCCUUGGUGUCGUGUCCAAACUAUACGUUUGAAGUGCUUGGCUGGGUUGGCUUUGCACUUUUCACGCAGGUCGCAGCUAGCUAUGUCUUUACUGUGGUGGGCUUUUUGCAGAUGACUGACUGGGCUUUGAAGAAACACCGUGGCUAUCUCAAGACCUACGGCGAUGACUACAAGAAAUUGCGACGUCAUGCCAUCAUUCCCUUCAUCUUGUGA